AUGGGAAGACUUCUUCAAGACACGAGUGAUGAGUUUGCAAUAGACAAAGCGUUAAGGGUAUACCCCACAAAUCAACAAGUUAACGACCACAACUCUGCUGUAUUGAAUUUGUAUAGAAAUAAUGGUGCUCGCAUUUACAAAAUAAAAGCGCAGGAUCAGCUAGUACACGCCACACGAAAUGCAGACAAUGUGGAUAUAGCUACUAUAAUACCAGCUGAUAUCAACAAAACUGGGGGUUUACCAGCGGAACUGCAAAUAUUUGUGGGGGCAAAAGUCAUGCUACGGUCCAAUAUUGACGUUUCAAAGGGAUUAGUAAAUGGCGCUAUAGGCUACAUCAACGAAAUCGUUUGGCCUCAAUUUCGUCGAACUCAGAUGUAUGCAACAGAUGUACCUUCCGUCCGAAUUGAUUUCGCAAGAGACGGAGUACAUCUUAUACACCCGAAAGCCAUACAGUUUCCAGCUAAGUACAAUUACGGGACGGCUGAAAGAAGAAUGUUGCCUUUAAUAUAA